UUCCUGAUUCCACCGAACUUUCACUACGACAGAAUGUACUUUUAGCGUCUGGUCUGGUCAGUCCUCAUCUUAUUUAUUAGCAACCAAGAGGCAAAAUGAAACUCGUCACUAUUAUUUGCGUCGUUAUUGGAAUUUUCGGGAUAGUUGAAGGAGUUCCACUGGAAUCAAAUUCAUCCAUUUCACGUCAAGAUGGUGGAGAUGCUGAAACAGUGAUGCCAGCCGCCCCAGAAGAAGCACCGGAAUCCUUGAUCGAAGUUGGAAACUUAUUCAACAAUAUCUUCCAAGGACUGAAACUAAUUCCAGUUGCGGCUGCCCACGCUCUGAAGCAACAACAAAAUGCAACCCAAGCACAGAAUGGGACAACUACGAGAAGACCAGUGAGGUUACCACCACCAAAAACGGAAGUAGUACUUUUGGCGACACAGAAACCACCUCCGCGACGAGUAGUCCAAUAUCUUCCUGCCCCUGGGGGAAAUCCAGUCAUUGUUUAUCCCGACAAUAUAACCGAAGAUCCGGAUGAUGAGGAUGAUGAUGCAAGGAGGAAGAGAUACUAAGAAAUAUUUGGUAUUUCUAAUAAUUUCUGUACAUUUCGAUUAAAGAAAUUUGUCUCCGCAAAUUAUGAAUAGUUAAAUACGAUUAGAUUUUAAGUGGGAAUUUUGAUCAAUAAAUCAGUGUAGAAAGCAG